AUGUCUGAAAAAAAUGUGGCUGAGUGGACACAAAAUGAUGUGACAGAGUGGCUUAGUGAAACUGGACACGAAAAAUUUGUUACUUUAUUCUUUGAUCAUGAAAUUGAUGGAAAGGUGCUUUUAACUCUAAAAGAAGAUGAUUUAAAGCUAAUAGCUACGAAUAUAAAGAAAAUUGGUGAUAUAAAAAGACUCUACAUUAGCAUAAAACAAUUACAAAGAGAUAACAUGGCAGUAUUAUUUGAACUGGGAUAUAUUGACAUAUUUCCUUCACCAAAUUUUUACAAUCAUCAUAAACAAGAAAUGCCUAAUAGUGGUAUAAAUAAUGAAGGUUCUAUCGAACAUGAAUUUUAUUCAGCAUCUGUGUCAGAAGAUGGUCAUGCAUCACAUUUACCACCUGAAAUUUGGAAAACAUUCAUUAGUUUGGCAUAUUUAUUUAUUGUUACAUGGAUUACUGCCUUUGUGAUGGUCAUUGUUCAUGAUAGAGUGCCUGAUAUGAAAAAAUAUCCUCCGUUACCUGAUAUAUUUUUAGAUAAUGUUCCACAUAUUCCUUGGGCAUUUGACAUGUGCGAAGUUACAGGAACUAUACUUUUUGCAAUAUGGCUCAUCGUACUAAUUUUUCACAAGUACAGGUUUAUCUUAUUGCGACGAUUUUUUGCUUUAUCUGGUACAGUCUUCCUGUUAAGAUGUGUUACAAUGCUUAUUACUUCCUUAUCAGUACCAGGUGCACAUUUACAAUGUCAGCCACGGAAGGUUCCUGAAGAUUGGACAAGUUCUGCAUAUGUAGAACUAUAUAAUAAGAUUGCUAUGGCUUAUGUUAUAUGGCGUGGUGCUGGUAUGUCUAUUCAAGGAGUCAGAACUUGUGGUGAUUACAUGUUUAGUGGACAUACUGUUGCCCUUACUAUGUUAAAUUUUUUCAUUACAGAAUAUACACCAAGGGAAUUAUAUUUCUUACAUACCUUUACAUGGAUGCUCAAUAUGUUUGGUAUAUUUUUUAUCUUAGCAGCACACGAACAUUAUUCCAUUGAUGUUUUCGUAGCUUUUUAUAUUACUUCCCGAUUGUUUCUUUAUUAUCAUACAUUAGCAAAUAAUCAAGCAUUGAUGCAACGCGAUUCAAACAGAACCAGAAUUUGGUUUCCAUUAUUUAGUUUUUUUGAAUCUUCUGUCGAUGGAAUCGUUCCGAAUGAAUACGAAUCUCCAUCUUUAAUUAUUUGUAAUCUAGUAUGUACAGGAAAAGACAUAUGGUGUUUGGUACGAUCCUCAAUUUGCUUCCGUAAGUCAAGGCGCAAUGUAAAUGGCAGUGUAAAAAAUAGCACAAAAAAAGAACACUAA